AUGCACCCGGCGAGUGGCGUGAAGGGGAGUAGCUCCAACGGCGGCUCCCCGACGACGGCGGCGGCGGCAGCAGAGGCCGCAGAAAAGAACGGCGAGGUGCUGCGGCGGGUGUUUCCGCCAAAGUGCCUCAAGUGCGGCGCGACGUUCCCCGCCCCGCGGAGGAACCUGCCGCCCAAGCGCUGGGACUGCCCCACGAAGGGCUGCGGUGGGAAGCUGUGGCAGCCGGACGAUGCAUCGCAGGCCUGCGACGUGUGCGGGGCGGCGGUGGCGCGCUUCACCCGGCACCACUGCCGUCGCUGCGGCUACCUGACCUGCGCAAAGUGCCUGACGUUCAGGACGAUCUUCGCCGGGUGGUCGCUGACGGAGAAGCAGCGCGUCUGCCACCGCUGCGCGGUGCCGGUGGUGCCGGUGGCCAUGUCGGGCUGGCUGCUGAAGUUGGGCCAGCGCUCCGCCUUCUUCGGGGAGAAGCUGCACAUGCGGUACUUCGAGCUGCGCGGGACGGUGCUGCUCUACGGCAAGGCCAGCGGCGGAGAGGCGGCGGCUGCGGCGGGGUUGACGUCCAAGCCCCUCGCCAGCGACGCCCAGCGGGGCCAACGACCAGCGAGUGACAGCAGCGGAAGCAGCGGCGCCGCCCGCGGCCACGAGAGCGGCAAUGGGAGCCCCAACAACAAUAACGGCAGCGGCUGCGGUGCCCAGCCGCCCAUGUCGGCACUCACGGGGCAGAUUGACAUCGUCGGGGCGAAGGUGAUGGACGUGGCAAUUCACCCGAACGCCUUCUGCGUCGUCGGCCCACAACUGCCGCGCGGCUACGUGCUUUCCGCCCCCAGUCAGGCAGCGAAGGCGCAGUGGGUGGAGGCCAUCAGGGAGCAGGUGCGGCAGGCGCACCAGCGGCGCGGGGACGAGGAUUUUGAGGAUGACUUGGACUCGACGGAGCAGGUGCUGUACGCCGGCGCCGGCGCGGACAAAAACGUGAAUGUCUCCAUGCGGGACUUUGAGCUGCUGACGGUGAUUGGGCUGGGCAGCUUCGGGCGCGUGAUGCGGGUGCGGCACAAGGCAACGGGCAAGAUUUACGCGAUGAAGAUCCUCGACAAGCAGCAGGUGGUGCAGCACAAGCUGGUGUCCCACACGAAUGCCGAGAAACUGAUCCUCAGCGAGAUCUCGCACCCGUUUGUGGUGAGGCUCUACUACGCCUUCCAGACGAAGCGGCACCUCAUCCUCGUCCUCGAGUUCCUCUGCGGCGGGGAGCUGUUUUUCCACCUGCAGCGCAACAAGCGCUUCGGGGAGGCGCGGGCCCGCUUCUACACGGCGGAGAUCGGCAUGGCGGUGGACUACAUCCACAGCAAGAGCGUCCUCUACCGUGACCUGAAGCCGGAGAACCUCGUGCUGGACCGCGAGGGGCACGUGGUGCUGACGGACUUUGGUCUCGCGAAGCGCGAGAUCGCCGACGACGCCCGCACCCACACCUUCUGCGGCACCCCGGAGUACAUGGCGCCCGAGCUCGUGCGGAAGUCCGGCCACACCACCGCCGUGGACUGGUGGAGCCUCGGCGCCUUCCUCUACGAAAUGGUGAACGGUCUGCCGCCCUUCUACUCCACCAACGUGGCGACGAUGUACGAGAUGAUCCUGCACAAGCCGCUCGUGUGCCCCGCGGGGUUCUCGCCGGAGCUCAAGUCGCUGCUUGGCCGCCUGCUGGAAAAGGACCCUCUGAAGCGCAUGACGAGCGGGGCUGAGUUUCGCGCCCACCCGUUUUUUAAGGGGCUUGACUUUGACAAACUGCUGCGUCGCGAGAUACGGCCGGAGUUUGUGCCGGACGUCAGCCGCAGCGACCUCCGCUACUUCGACAAGCGCUUCUUGCAGGAGAGCACGAAGAUCGCCCAGCUGGACCAGCCGUGCGACCCGAGCGACCCGGUGAGCCGCGCCUUUGCGGGGUACGACUUCAACGUCCACUCGCCCGUGGCGGCGGCCCCGGCGCAGCAGACCGCGGCGGAGGAGAGGCGUGACGACGGCGACGACAACCUUCAGGGCGGCGCCGGCGGGGGCGCGGGCACCACACACACGCCGUGA